ACGGGGAGGGGAGGGGGGGGUUGCGAGGAGCGCGUCGGCCCCUUCGGCUGCCUAUUCACAGCCGGCGCCUACGCCCGUUGCGCAGCGUAAGGCAGCGGCGCGCAUAGGCGGCUGCGCUGAAUUCGCAGGCUCGGCGUAAGCGGCAGCAGCGCGCUGAGGGCAACGAGCCGCCGCCUCCGCCGCCAUGGCCCGCCCCGCCGCCGCCGGCCGGCCCCGUCGCCGCGCGGGGGCCGUGAGGAGCCGCCCGGCCGCCACCGGCACCGCCUGAGCGCCGCCGUCAGGGGAGAGGCCCCGCCGCCCGGCCGCAUCACCGCGCCGCCCGCCGCGGAUCCCUCCGCCGCCGCUGUUGGAUUCCCUGGGCGAGCUGCCGCAGCACCGCCUCCCCGCCGGGACGAUCCCUCCGCCUGAGGAGGGGGGGGGGGAGGAGGAGGAGGAGAAGUAGUCCCCGCUGCUCCCGCGGAGGAGACGGGAGGGGGUUGAGAAACAAAAUAGGGAGGAUAAGGGUAAAAGGGGGAGGAAAGAGAAAAAACAGGAGGAGAAAGGAAGGAAGGAAGAGCAGCCGAGGCCGCCCCGAGCCUCCGCCCCAUGUGACUGGCGCUGAGGGUGGGGGCAGCGAGGCCUAGCGCAGCCCCGCGGCGGGCGGGCGGGGGCGGCUCCGGCAGCCGGGGCGCUGCGGGGAGAAAGGAAAAAAAAAAAAGAAAAAAAGGGGGGGAAAUGGCGCUGUGAGGGGACGCACGGAGCCACAGACGGAGCGACAGAGCGACCACAGGGGAAGGGAUCGGGUCCCCCCCCCCCCCCCCCUCCGUGAGGGGCCGCCGUUGAUGAGGCAGGGCUCGCCCUGAGCCACGGGAGAGGGCCCUGAGGAGGAGGAGGAGGAGGAGGAGGAGGAGGAGGGAGGAAGAGCAGCAGCAGCAGCAGCAGCAGCAGGAGGAGGAGGAGGAGGAGGAGGAGGAGGGAGAGGCGCAGCCGCAGCCCGAGACCAUGUCCGGGCGGCCCAGGACCACGUCCUUCGCGGAGAGCUGCAAGCCGGUGCAGCAGCCCUCGGCCUUCGGCAGCAUGAAAGUCAGCCGAGACAAAGAUGGCAGCAAAGUGACUACAGUAGUGGCAACUCCUGGACAAGGUCCAGACCGACCACAAGAAGUUAGCUACACAGACACCAAGGUGAUUGGAAAUGGAUCUUUUGGUGUUGUGUAUCAAGCCAAACUCUGUGAUUCAGGAGAGCUUGUGGCCAUUAAGAAAGUCCUGCAGGAUAAAAGAUUUAAGAACCGAGAGCUCCAGAUUAUGAGAAAGCUGGAUCAUUGUAACAUUGUCCGAUUGCGUUAUUUCUUCUACUCCAGUGGUGAGAAGAAAGAUGAGGUGUACCUCAACUUGGUGCUGGACUAUGUUCCUGAAACAGUAUACAGAGUUGCCAGACAUUAUAGUCGGGCCAAACAGACACUCCCUAUGAUUUAUGUCAAGUUGUACAUGUAUCAGCUGUUCCGGAGUUUAGCCUAUAUCCAUUCCUUUGGGAUCUGCCACCGGGAUAUAAAACCACAGAACCUCUUGCUGGACCCUGAUACAGCUGUCCUAAAACUCUGCGACUUCGGAAGUGCAAAACAGCUGGUUCGUGGAGAACCUAAUGUCUCAUACAUCUGCUCUCGGUACUACAGGGCACCAGAGUUGAUCUUUGGAGCCACCGAUUAUACCUCCAGUAUAGAUGUGUGGUCAGCAGGCUGUGUAUUGGCUGAACUGUUACUAGGACAACCAAUCUUUCCAGGUGACAGUGGUGUGGAUCAGUUGGUGGAAAUAAUCAAGGUUCUGGGAACGCCUACAAGGGAGCAAAUUAGAGAAAUGAAUCCAAACUAUACUGAAUUCAAAUUCCCUCAGAUUAAGGCACAUCCAUGGACUAAGGACUCGUCAGGAACAGGACAUUUCACCUCAGGAGUACGGGUCUUCCGGCCCCGCACUCCACCAGAAGCAAUUGCGCUAUGUAGCCGCCUGUUGGAGUACACCCCCACUGCCCGCCUGACUCCCCUGGAGGCCUGUGCACACUCUUUCUUUGAUGAACUACGGGACCCAAACGUCAAGUUACCAAAUGGGCGAGAUAAACCUGCACUCUUCAAUUUCACCACUCAAGAACUGUCAAGUAACCCAUCUCUGGCUUCGAUCCUCAUCCCUGCUCAUGCUCGGAACCAAGCAGCAGCUUCAACCCCUACAAACGCUACAGCAGCCUCAGAUGUUAAUGCAGGAGAACGAGUUCAGACCAAUAGUGUAGCUACAGCAUCAGCCUCCAACUCCACCUGAACCGGUACCAAGCAGCCAGCUGCACAGGAAAAAUCACCAGUAAUUUGAGUCUUGCUCAGCAACACUGGUCACAUUUGGAAAGAAAAUUAAAAAGAGGAAAAAAAACCAACCAACCAACCAACCUGUUCAUUUUAGUGUUCAAUUUUUUAUUAUUAUUAUUGUUGUUCUUAUUUAACCUUGUAAAAUAUCUAUAAAUACAAACCAGUUUCAUUGUAUUCUCACUCUGCAGGGUGUCCGGGGCAGGGGACUAGGUGGGGGGAGGAGGGAAAGCGGAGCAAUACAACACACCAAUGUCUCUCCCCUCGACAAUCUCUUCAUGUUGGAAGUUUGCUGUUGUGUACUUCAGAACCAGGACUCUUGCCUCAUGCCCUCUCCCACAACGGAAAGAAGGAAAAAAACAAAACAAAACAAAACAAAAGAACCCCCCAAACCUCAUUCUCUGCUGAAGUUCUUUUUUUUUUUUUUUAACCUCUUUUUUUUAUUUUCUUUUUAAGUGAAGUUUCGGACUUUGAUGUAGUGCACAGCUUGAAUUUGGUCGGGAGCUUAGCAGGGGUCAUUCAACAGAGCUCAGCGUUUCGUCUCAGCCGAAUCCAUGUCCCGGGCUGUCCGAAGAGCUGCCCCCGGCCCGGCUCAGCUCGGCUCAGCGUGGGGCGCGGGCGGCGCGGUAGGAAAUAGGUUGCCUAGGGGGGGUCGGGGUGGGGAGGGUUUACCGCGUGUCUACAGCUUUUGAACUGCUAGUGGCAGACUUUUUCCUUUUUUUUAAAAAAAAAGCAGUGCUGGCAACGAGGAUGCCCGCAGCUUCGUUGCCGGGCAGGUUAUAUAUAAUAUAAUACACACACAUGGUGCCAACGCAAGCGCUUGGCUUUGCUGCGGCGGCUCGGCUCGCGUUUGGGCAGGGAGGAGCGGGCGAGCAAAGCCCUCCGAAGGGGGGACGAGGGCGCCCAGCCGGGGGUGGUAAGGGACUCUUUGGAAAAGUGGCCACUGUGAAAAGCGUUGUUUUUUUUUCCAAGUCUCUCAAUUCGGACAGGCUUCCCUUUCCCCGAGGUGCGUGCAGGAAAAGGACACCAGGGUUUAUAAUGUGAACUGUAACAGUCUACUGGUUUAUUUUGUAAUAUUUUUUAACUGCAGCUUUAACUUGCAGGAUGCCACAUGCUACGGUAGCUCUGAUUUUAAAUCCACAGCUAGAAUCUGUAUUUAAAUUUCAUCUUUUUAACCUCUUGCUUUUUUGAUCUCUAUUUAUUGAUGCGCGUUGCCACAUUGCCAUUAUGUUUUUACAUUGGUAGAGUAUUAAUAAAAUACACAUCGGAGUGCUAUCAACAGUAAUUUGUACCUGCUGACUUGUAGGAAAGCUGGCUACAUUAUGAGUGUGUGUGUAUAUAUAUUAUAUAAAUAUAUACAUGUAUACAUAGAUACAAUACUGUUCCUUUUUGCGUUUUGUCUCCGAUCUCCAAUCAGUCUGACUGAAGCAUGGGGUGAGUGCUUGCUCUAGUCCAUCUGUCCAGGGGCCGGGCUUUCCUCCCCGUGAGGCUGAGUGCUGUCUGAGUCCGCGUCUCUGUUCCUCAAGUCAAAGCAAUAUUCCUCGGGAAGGGCAGGGCGCGGAAGAGGCUUUGGAGACCCCAUCUUGCCGCCCGGGCCUUCACGCUCCCUGCAGAGAAACUUCAGCCGCCUUGCUCGGUGCUCUACGGGCGGUGCUGUGCCCUGCGGAUCCCCGAGGCAGUUGCUGGGGCCGGGCAAACCUUUGUGUGGCCUGGCAGUAGCGGCUUCGGCAACCUCGGCCACCGCAGGGCAGCAGGGGUUUUGCUCAGCAGCUGGGCGCGUUUCCCUCUUGUACAUUUUACCCCGUUCCUAUGGGAUUUCAUUUUUAUUUUUUAUUAAUUUUUUUUUCGGAAACUUGUCUCCUAGCAGCCCUGGAGCUGUUAACAAGCCCUGCCUUCCCCGUCCUGCCUGAUAAAACAGUGGAUUUUUGGGGAGGGAGGAGCUGUUUCAAGAGGCGAGCGAACGCCUACCGUGAAAGCCCUUACGUUACGCUCCUCAUCAGUUUGCUGUUGGACAGAAACCACGUGUGUGUGUAUAUAUAUGUAUAUACAUAUAUAUAUACCUUAAAACAGCUGUCGUUAAAUUCUGGCUGACUGUAAAAAGACAGCACACCAACAUUUAAAAAAAAAAAAAGCUGAAGGCUUUCAAAACCCUCUCGCGCGCGGGUGUGAUUAAAAGGGCUGAGAAGCAGCUUAAUGCCAGCACAGCUAGCGAGUGUCCCGCAAGGUAAGUUCAGGGGCUUGGUUGUGACCCAGUGAUCCAGAUAGGCGCAGGAGACCCGCGAAGUAGGGCAGAGGCAGGGUGUGUGGAUCUGCUGUGUAGGCGAGACUGCUGAAGCAUCGGCCAUAGGCGCUGUUAUUUGGAGGCAGUAGAUUACCACGUCUUUAAAAAAAGAGAAAAAAAAGAAAAAAAAAAAAGGCAAAAACUGAUGAAGAAAAAUUGCUGCUUGUUCCAGGAAUUGUGGCUUUCUCUCUUCUUGUAUUAUUAUUAUUUUUUUUUUUUCAUUUUCUUUUUGGUCAUUUUAUCUUCCUUUAAGACUAGCGGAGGAGAGGGAAGAGCUUUUCUCUCUGAUCUUGUGACUGUGCAGGCGUCUGUGUGUCUUGUGUGGGUGUUAGCUGGGGAGGGUCGGGGCGCCCCUGUGGUUUUAUUUUUUUCAAGGAUCAUGGCAGGAUCACGAACUCUUUUAUACAAGUUAGAUCCAGGUCUUUGAAUAACCUUUUUUUGUAAAUAAGAAGAAAAGAAAAAAAAACAACAACAACAAAAAACCACAAAGCUCCUCACCAAAUUCAAGCUUGUACAUUAUUAUUUUUUGGUUGUUUUUAAAUUUUGAGUUUUAUUGUUUUGUAUGUAAAUAUGUGGACCCAGGAACUGUUAUUAAUGAGCAAAAAGUUACCGUUCAGGGCAGUGAUUCUGUUUAAUAAUCAGACAAAAUGUAGACGAGCUUUUUAAAGCCAUAUAGUUUUAACUCUGUACAGUAGGUACCGGCCUGUAUUAUUGUAACAAUAACUCUAGCGAUGUAUAGUGUAUCUAUAUAGUUUGGAGUGCCUUCGCUUCCAUGAUUUUUUGGAUUUUAUUUCCCUUUUUUUUCCCCCCCCUCCUCGAUUAACAACGUCUCCCACACACAGCCGCAUCUUUGCUCCCCCCCCCCUCACCCCCUCCCCGCUUUCUAACUCUUUGAGUGCUGUAAGGUUUCAGUGAUACCAUGACCCGUAGUGGAACGAAAAGGAAAAACCAUCGCCGCCCUCCCAUUUCAUUCGAGCCGUGGCUUUGCUCUGGAUGCUCCCAAGUCGCCCGCCCUGCCCCGUCCUCCCCCUUCCUUCCCUUGCUAGCAGCGACCGGUUUCGUUCUGCGCUCGCCGCCGGAGGUAGCCCAGCGGCUCGCGGCUGAGCUCGGCUUUGCUCGUCUGUCCCCAGUCCUGCGCCCAGAACUUUUUCUGGACGGCAGCAGCUUCCGCGAGGCUCGGUCCUUCGGCCCCCCCCGGGGGCUCCCCGCGCCCACCCGCCCCCCUUCUCCGGUCACGUUUUUAUUUUUAUUUUUUUUCUUCGUGAGAUGAUGAAUUUAGCAUUACUUCUUCGGUUUCUUCUUGUGCCCAGCACGAAGGCCUUGUUUCUGAAACUAGUCCGCUUGUGUUUACUACCUUGUUAGUAUUCCACAUAAAGAUUGUCUUGAAUGGGAAAACACUUAACUCUUUUACCAAACCAAAGGUUGCUGUUUUAUUUUGAAGCAUCUCGUGUUCAUUCCGGUGAAGCAGAGGCUGCACUUUUUCUGGUGACACGAAGGUCAGUGACGUCAGGUUGGUUUUGGACAGUCCGCUCAGAGCUGUUACUCUUACUUCCUUCUGUUUCGGGCUUGUUUUUUUUAAUGAAAGUGUGGUCUUGAUCUGUCCUUUGGCAACGCCGCGACUGCGUAGGUCUCUGAGACGGAACUGAUGGCGGUCGGCGUCCCCCGCGGGACGCCCGACCGAGACACUGCUGUUCUUAAUACCGAACUCGCCUACCUUACUAGGACAAAAACCGAGCUACAAAAGGAAAUUGGCUAAUCGAAGAUCCCCGAUCACUUUUUCCGGUUAUUUUUUAAGCAAAGCUUUGCCUAACAAGCGUAGCGGCAGGUGCCUGCAGCGUGCGGCUGGUGAGCGCGUACAAAAAAAAAAAAAUUCCCCCAGGUUUUCAGUGCUCCCUGCAAAAAAGCAGACGCAAAGCAGUCUGACGGACUCGCCUGCGCGAGGGGCCUCAGCCACUGAAGAUUAAAAAAGAGAAAAAAAAAAAAAAAAAGCCAAUACCGAAAAGCACAGUAGAGUAUUCAGUCUGGGGUCUACCUUUCGGAGACUGUGAGAAGGUGUCCCUGGGGUCCCGGUGUCUUUCCACGGGGCUUUUAGCCAGUUUUGUCCAUAGUUCGCUUCGUUUUGCAACACUGCAAUAACAGCAAAACGACCAGAAAGGAAAACAGUACCUAAGGGGUUAGCUUGAGAAAAGUAGCUUCCUUGUGUUGGUCUUUCUCAAUUUAUUUUUAAUAUAUAUAUAUAUAAAAUAUAUUUAUAUAUAUAUAAUUUGCUUGCCUGUAAAAUUUGCGUUCAUUAAUGUGUUGCUGAUGGAUCACUUGGGCCUGUACACACCAAUUAGCGUGACCACUUCCAUCUUAAAAACAGAAAUCUAAAAUAUAUAUAUAUAUAUUAAGGACUGUGGGUUGUAUACAAACUAUUGCAUACACUUGUGCAAAUCUGUCUUGAUUUAAAGGAAAAGCAAAACCUGUAUAACAUUAUUACUACUUGAAUGCCUCUGUGACUGAUUUUUUUUUUCAUUUUAAAUAUAAACUUUUUUUGUGGAAAGUAUGCUUAAUGUUUUAUUAUUUCCCCCGCCCCAUUCCCCUUGUAAAUACGUUUUGUUCUGUGUGACUCGGUUCGGAAAUAGUUAACUGGUACUGUAAUUUGCAUUAAAUAAAAAGUAGGUUAGCCUGGAAAUGAAAUUUAAAA